CAAAUUAGAAACUAGUAGAAGAAAACAAUAAAUCACAUUUAGCAAAAUGGUCAAACAAAUUAGACUCAAUUUUCUUAUAUAUCAUUAAAUAUAAGUCUCACCGACUAUUAUAAUAAAGUUGAGAUUUUAAUUUGGAAAGAGCAUGACACGUGUCAUGUGUCUCAGUCAGUCAAAAUUAUAAGAAGAAGACAUAAAAGGAAAGUACAAGAGAGAGAGAAUAGUUCUCCAACAGUUAAAGCUUGAAACUUUCUUUGUUUUCCUCCAAAGGGGAUGAAAUGGUUGGUUCAGAUUCAAAACCAGAGGUGACCCAGAAGAGGAUUCUGGGUAUUGGUUAUUGGGUACAGGGAUUCAGAUGCAUGCCAUGGAUGGCUGUGAUUUUCUUCCUCAAAGAUGGGAUUGGAGUGGAUCCCUCCACCAUUCAGCUACUUCUAAGCUCAGCCAAUCUUCCCAUGGUGGCUAAACCUCUCUAUGGUGUCCUCUCAGAUGCUCUCUACUUCUCUGGCCAGCAUCGUAUUCCUUACAUCGCCUUUGGAGCUUUCUUACAAGCACUUUCAUGGCUGGCGUUAGCGAUUCUCUCUCCCUCGAGCAUUACAAUAUUCACCAUGGCCUUAUCUCUCUUACUUAGUAAUCUCGGGGCUUCAAUAGCUGAGGUUGCAAAUGAUGCCAUUGUAGCUGAGUUAGGCUCUUCCUCGGGUGAGCUCCAAUCAUUUGUGUGGAUAGCUUCAUCUGCAGGAGGAGUCCUAGGGAAUCUCCUCGGUGGUCUCAUCAUCAACCGAGUCUCCCCACAAAAGAUGUUCCUCCUUUUUGGCCUUCUUGCAUCUCUCCAACUCUUUCUCACCAUCAUGGUAAAAGAGAGUUCACUCAACCUUCCCAAGAGGGUAUCCGAUAAUGGGGUUAGAAAGCAACUUUCGCAGCUACAAAUCGCGUUGAAAAAGCCAGCAAUUGCACGGUCAAUCACAUGGUUUGCAUUGUCAUAUGCAGCAAUUCCUGCAUUGACAGGCACAAUGUUCUUUUAUCAAACCGAACAUCUAAAGAUUGACUCAUCAGUGUUGGGAAUCUCCAAAGUGUUUGGACAAGUAGGAAUGCUUGUAUGGAGCCUAGUCUACAAUGGCCCUCUCAAGCGAGUUGCAUCAUCAAGGAAAAUAAUAGCAGGGCUUCAAGUGGUGAUGGCAUUGUUCAUGGUAUCAGAUGUGUUGUUUGUGAAAGGGGUGUACAGAAGUAUUGGAGUCCCCGACGGGGUGUAUGUAGUUAUAUUCUCGGGGCUUUUGGAGGUGCUUUUCUUCUUCAAGAUACUACCUUUUAGCGUAGUGAUAGCGAGGUUGUGCCCUGCAGGCUGCGAGGGGUCUUUGAUGGCGUUUGUGAUGUCGGCUAUAGCUUUGGCUAUGAUAGUGAGUGGCUAUCUUGGAGUUGCGCUUGCAGCUUGUGUUGGGAUGAGCCCUGCUAAUGAAUUUUCAGGGCUACCGAAAGCCCUUAUAGUACAGGCGAUUUGCACCGUUGUCCCGCUUUAUUGGUCAUCUUGUAUCCCAAAUGACAAUGAGCAUGAACAUGAGCAUGAGAAUGAAGAGUCUUCAUCUUCUUCCAAGACCAAAAGUGAAUAAGAAGAAUUAAUGUAGAGUUAACAUUAAUUCUUGGUUAAAUUGAUUGGAUGUUGGAAAUUCUUCUUUUCUUUUCAUAUUUAUUCAUUAUCCAUUUUUUUUUUAUUUUGUAUUGUAUAUGUUAUGUAUGUAUUUAUAUUGAAAAUUAAUAGAGGAAUAUGUAUGUAUGUAUUUUUUUUUAUUAGAGUUAUUUUCUAUGGUUUUUGUGUGUUUUGUAAGUUAGAGAGGCAAAAUGAUAUUGUAUAAAUAUGAAUAAUUAUCUAAGAUAUUAUUUAAUAUAAUUUACUUUACUUUA